CAUUUUUUUGCUCGCAGUGUUUUGGACCAUACAAAUUCAGCAAAAGAAAAGGAGUUGAGUUUUGGGGAUUUUUUUUUUGUUUUUUUAAAAUAUAUAUUUUGGAUUUAAAAGACAAGAAAAUAUUUUACCUGUGACUUUCGAAUAGUUUCUUUCAUCAGCGGCAACUCCAAGGUGCAAAAAAAGGAAAAUCAUGAAGAAAGGAAAGCAGGUGAACGAUGACAAGGAGCCCCCCACUUAUCAGGAGGCGACUGCAGGCUAUGACGAGAUGGAGGCCCAGUUCGCCUGGGACGACAAGACCAUCAGGCGAACCUUUAUCAGAAAGGUCUACGCCAUUCUCUUAGUUCAGCUGUUAGUGACAGUGGCUAUUGUUGGCCUCUUCUCAUUUUGCGCACCUGUGAGGUAUUUCAUUCAGACUCAUCCAGGCUUGUACAUGGCAUCUUAUCUCAUGUUCUUUGCCACCUACAUCGCGCUGUCCUGCUGUGGCGAGCUGAGGAGGCAGUUUCCGUGGAAUGUUAUUUUGUUAGUUCUCUUUACAUUGAGCAUGGCUUUCAUGAUGGGAUUUGUGUCAAGCUUUUACAACACGAAAUCGGUGGUUUUGUGUCUGGGAAUCACAGCUCUAGUGUGUCUCUCUGUCACCAUCUUCAGCUUCCAGAGCAAGGUUGAUGUCACAUCUUGUCAGGGUGUCCUGUUUUCUUUAUGCAUGGUCAUGCUUCUCUGUGCCAUCACCCUCUCCAUUGUUGUCCCGUUUGGUUAUGUUCCCUGGUUACACGCCCUUUAUGCUGUGGGAGGAGCCAUCCUCUUUACUCUGUUCCUGGCGUUUGACACCCAAAUGCUUUUAGGGAAUAAGCGCUACACUAUAAGUCCAGAGGAAUAUAUUUUUGCCACCCUCAGCAUCUACCUGGACAUCAUCUACCUGUUCAGCUUCCUGCUACAGAUCAUGGGAGGGGGCCGCGAGUAAAGUACUACUCCUCCAUUUCUUCACCUACAUACUUUAAAAUCUCUGUCCUUAAAUAUUUGAACUUUUUAUUAAUUCAACAACCAAAUUGGAUGCAUUACCCUCAUGAACAAAAUGGCAUCAGGGGAGGGCCUAUACAGUUUUUCAUGAAUCACUAUUUUUUUCCUUUAUGUAAUCCUGUCCAUACGAUUCUGCUGCUGGUUUUGUCACCAUGUGUCCUGAAACUAGA